CUCGCCGUUGCAAAUGGCCACGGCCAGCAGGACGGAGCAGCUGGCGGUGAUGGCGACGCAGUUAACGCUGCUGCAGUCAUCGCAGCUGCUGUGGGAGAAGCCACCGGCUCAGUGGAACAGCAGCUGGCGUAUGCAAUGUGUGGCAUGGGAUUGACUACCAGUGCCAAGCAUGACGCUAUUGAACAAGCUGCAAAGUCCAACGGUGGCACUCACCGGGCCAUGCCAAUGCGCACGCCCUCAACAUCCAGUGAGGAUGACGAUGAAGAUAUUGAGGAGCCACAGCAAUGGCUGCCAACCGACCUGACAUCGGUGGCAAGCGCAUCGGAGCGUUACUCCGAUAUCACUCAGCUGCUGGCUAAACAGCAGCAGACGCUGCAGCGGACUCCAGAUGCCCGCUGGGCUAUGGCCGAUGGUUAUGAUCUGACUGCCUACAAUCAGAUCAACGGCGUUUGGCCACUGGGCCAUCCUUUACCGUUGCCCGAUUGGAGCAGCGCCGAGGAGCCCGCCAAGGCAGAACUAAUUUUCGAGAACGUCUGGCAAUACGAAGAGCUAACUGGCAUUAUAGAGACGGCACUGCAACGCAUGCUGGAGGAGACUCACUACAAUACGGUCAAUCUGUUUGUGGACUUCUAUCGCAGCUUUAAGCGCACACGUCGUUCGGAUCUGCGCAGCUUCUUUCAGUUCUACGAUGUGCCCAUCAAUCGACGCCACCACAUGUGUGUGUCGCUGGCUUUCGAGAUUAUAGCGCGAUUGGUGCAAAUGUUUCCACAGCUGGGACAGUAUUUGUACGUUGUAUCCUGCGAGGAGCAGGUGGUCGACUGUAAUGACUAUGUGCAGAUGGACGAGGAGUAUGGCAUGAAUUCAGCGGAUGCGGGUGUUGAAAAGGAGCACGUGAUGGUCGCUAUGCGUUUCGCCAUUGGCGAGCGUCAUGGUGUCAUGAUUCUCGAUCCUGGCUAUCAUGUGGGACGCGCCGUUACUGUCAUGAGCGAUCAGAGCUAUCCCCACACAGGCUGGUUCAAUCAAUCGAAGGAGCCGCAUCUGCAACGAGAUUACUGCUACAGCUACAGUCAGCAUAGCGACAAGUUUGUGGAGUGGAAGGAGCGUGAGAUACGUGGCGAUGAGGCCAGUUUCAAGACCUCCCUCAUCUACAUUGCUCAGGAAUAUAUGACCGCCGUGGAUGUGACAGUGCGUCGAAAUCUGGUUUACAAUUUCCGUUCGCUGUUGUCGCGCGAUGCCAAGGGUCGCGUCUACGCUGGUCUUUAUUUCCCACUUGUUUCCAAUGUGCAGGAGGCGCAUCUAACUCUUUUCUAUGAUGGACCCAACGAGCAGCGCGUGAAAGCCAAGCUCAUGUUUAGCGCUUUUAAAGUGGGCAAAGGCAAGCAACUGCCGGACUAUGUGCUACAGCACCUGGUAAAGCUUUCACCACAGCUGAAUAUGUCGCAACAUGAAUUGACGGAGCUUUGCAAAUCACUUUGCGAGGUCGUCUCGGAUCAGAAUUUUAUAAGCCAGGUGCUGGCUAUUAACGACGAUAUCGGUGUCAUGUCCAUGGAGAAUUGACAGUUAAAGCAACCUAAGAACGCUGCUGCAACACCAACAACAACACCAACUCCAACGCCAUCUCCAUCACCAGUUGAGGAGAUAGAGAAAAAAAAUGAUAAUGCAGCUGCAACUUAGACGUUAUCAAAACAUUUUCAAAAAAUACUUUCCAAACUAAAAAAAAACUUAAUUUAAUAGAAUUAGACAGCACUUACAAGCAAAUAUAAUUGAAUUUAGUAAUAUAUAUACCCACUUAUAAACACUAUAAACAACAACUAUACUAACAUAUAUACAUAUACACAUCACUAACGGACACUUGAAGACUUUGUAAAUCCCUAGUAUGAUUUAAUCAAACGAAAAAAUUCUCAAUUAGAAAAACGUAAAUACGAGUAAUACUAUAUUUAGAUUUUCUUUUUGAACUUUGCUUGAUUUCAAAUAUAUUUCAAUUUCGUCUAUAAUAAACAAAUUAAACUAUGUAUACGCAAAGGCGAAAAAUGCAUAAAUAAGUUAGUUGAUAUAUACAUUUUUGUUCAAACGCACUGUAAUACUUUUGUUUAAUAAAUAAAUGCAAAUCA